AUUUACCAGCGACUACAACACACAACAAACAUGGCGGUGCCGGAGCAUCAGGAGCGUGAAUCAGUCAAGAGUAAUAUUAGCCAAGAUAAUGGAGGCAAAAAACCUGGUCCAAUAUCUUUCGGUUUUAGUAAAACAUUAAGCAAGGUUAAAUCUGGCAAAGCGGAAGAGCGAGAUUAUUUAGUUGAAGUCGAAGGGAAAGAACUUAAAGGAACCAAACCGGUGGAGAAACCGAAGGAGCUGGUCAUCCCGCUGAUCCACAAGAACCGCUGGUACCGGCAGGACGCUGAGCGAGGGGACAAGAGCAGCGGAGACACGUCCCAGAGCAGAGACCCGUCCCAGGAGCAGGACACGGUGGAGACUCAAGCCGUCAAAGAGCUCAUCGAGGAGUCUCAAAAGCACCAGGAGAGAUGGAAGAACGGACCGCAGAUGGAUCCGAACUUUGCCAUUCCUCUUCUCAUGCAGAACCAGGCCCCUCAGGGUUUUGAGGAUGGAGACAAAGUCAAUGUGGAUUUGCGACCAGAGUCGUCCACAGAUGCCGACUAUGACCGUGUUCCUGUGGAGGCUUAUGGGUUGGCUAUGCUGAAGGGAAUGGGCUGGAAGCAAGGAGAGGGAAUCGGACACACAUUUAAACAAGAUGUGAAGCCCAUAGAGCAUCAGUUAAGGCCUAAAGGGCUGGGUUUGGGUGCCGAUCGCUCUGCUAUUAGAGACCUGGAGCCCGGUGUCCCCAAGAGACCCCCUAAACCUGGUGAGGAGAAGAAGGAAGAGGAGGCGCUGGUUCUGGGGCCUGGAGGAUAUGUGCAGGUCCUGGCAGGAGCCCAUAAAGACCUGUAUGGGAAGAUAGAGGGAGUGGAUCCAGAUAACGCCAGAGUCGUAGUCAAACUUGCCAUCGGCGGGAAGACAGUCACCAUCAUUCAGCACUCGUUAAAACUAGUCACCUGCAAGGAAUACGACAAAUACAGCAAAGACCUCAGUCGUCUUAGUAAAGCUCACAAGGACAAAGAGAGAGAAAAAGAGCAGGAACAGCAGAGGGAACGAGAGCAGAGGUUAAACAGCAAAGAUGACAGAGGAAAGACAGACAGAGAUCGAGAGAGGGGGAAGGACAGAGACAGAGAUCAGAAGAAAAGAAAACACAGAGAAUCAAGUACAGACAGAGAGAAGCCUCCUCCAGUAAAGGAGUCGCGGCCCUCACCUCCAGCCCCCUCAUGGCUCCAAAGAGACCUCCGCGUGCGAUUCAUUGAUAAAGCAUUCAAAGGAGGCAAAUACUACAACUCAAAGAUGAGAGUGGAGGACGUCCUGACGCCCCACACCUGUGUGUGUCGUACAGAGGAGGGCAGACUGCUGGACGAUAUUAGACAGAAGAUGCUGGAGACCAUUGUACCCAAGAGCGACUCGGACUACAUUAUGGUGGUUCUGGGAGAACACAGAGGACAGGUGGGCCGCAUCCUGAAGCGAGACCGAGAGAAGAGUCGAGCCAUGGUUCAGCUGGACCGGUACGAGGAGCAGGUGUUCACACUCGACUAUGACACCAUCUGUCAUUAUGUGGGUGCAACUGAACACUGAGAAGCCAGCCGGAAACCACAAAUCACCCUUCAUCAUCUCAACCCUUUUCUGCUAAUGACAACAUCAGUUGUGAUUGGCUGCUUUUCCCCUGAAUUGAUAGAGACCAACAAAUCAGAUACAUUAAA